AAAAAAAAAAAAACACAAACCCAAGCCCGCUCACAAAAUUUGGCAUCAAAAUUUGAACCCCCGCGCUCCUUUUUACUUCACAACCGCGCUCUCAAAAUUUCCCAAAUUCAUUUUUCAUUUCUCAUUUCCCUCAAUUUUUUUUUGUCACAAAAUCCCUCUCAAUUUCUCUCUCUUAAACAAAGUCAAAAGUCAAAACUCAAAAAAAGUCUCUAUCUUUCUCUGUGUGAGCGUUUCGAUUUCUAGGGUUUCCCUCCCAAAACCCCCCAAACAAGCCCUAGGGUUUUAGCGCUCUCUUUGUGUGUGUGUGCGCGUGCGUGUGUGUGUGAAAUUUGUGGUUUGUGUUCGGGUGUUUGUUUCCCAUGGCUACCGUAACCCUAGAGGAGAAGAAGCCGGAGGAGGAAGCUCCGGCUGGAGAGAAAGAGGAGGCGAAGCUCGAAGUGGAGGGAGGUAAGAAAGAGGAGGAAGAGCGGGAAAAUCUUGUGGCGGUGUCGGAGAAAGUUGAAGAAGAAGGGGCGGGGGAGAAAGGAGUUGGGGCUGAGAAGGUUGAGGAAGAAGUUGAAGGAGAGAAGAAGGAGAAGGUGGCUGAAACGCCGAGCAAGAAAGGGAAGAGGAGUGGCCGGAGAGGGAGCUCGAAGAAGGACCAGAGCGAGGUGGCUGCGGCCGCCGCGGCGGCGAAGAAGAAGGCGAGCGAGGAGUUGGAGUCGGUGGCGGAGGAGAAGAAAGAGAAGGAGAAGGAGAAGGAUAAGGAGAAAGAGAAAGAGAAGGAGAAAGAGCAUGCUACGCCGGUGAGUGACAGGCCGACGAGGGAGAGGAAGAUGGUGGAGAGGUUCUCUGUGCCGUCGCCGGGGAGGUCCGGGAAGUCGUCGGCGAACAAAGCUUUGUCCAUUGAGAAGGGUUCUGGUACGCAGCUCAAGGAUAUUCCAAAUGUGGCUUUCAAGUUGUCCAAGAGAAAAACUGAUGACAAUCUGCAAAUGCUUCAUUCAAUACUUUACGGAAAGAAAGCUAAGGUGCAUAUUUGUAAGAAAAAUAUAGGCCAGUUUUCAGGCUAUGUAUGGACCGGGAAUGAGGAAAAGCAGCGGGCAAAGGUAAAGGAGAGGAUUGACAAGUGUGUUAAGGAAAAAUUGAUGGAUUUCUGUGAUGUGCUUAAUAUUCCAAUAAAUAGAUCAAUGACAAAGAAGGAAGAACUCUCUGCAAAGUUGUUAGAGUUUUUGGAAUCUCCACAUCCUACAACUGAUGUUUUGCUUGCUGAUAAAGAUCAGAAAGGUCAAAAGCGUAGGAGGAAGUCCACACCAAGCAAAACUGCAAGCUCUGGAGAAGCAUCUGCAGAAACACAACGCAAGAAACAAAAACAAACACCCCAAGUUGCAAAAAAGCAAAAGCAGUCAUCGGAAGUUGAGGAAGAAGAUGAAGUUGAGGAUAAAGUUGAAUCUCCUGGUGCAAAAGAUGAAUCUCAUAAUGAUGAUGACAAUGAAACAGUACCAAAUGAAGAAAGUGAUCAUGAAGAACAUAAAUUUGAGGAAGAGGAAGAGGAAGAGGAGGAGGAAGAGGAAGAGAAACCAAAGGAGCAGAUGUCAAAAAGCUCAUCAAAAAAAGGUCGGAAGGAUGGUUCAGUGACAAAAACAGUUGAAAAACCCAAGCCUGUCAAAAAGGCUACCCCCGCAAAAUCUGUGAAGGCUCCUGCAAAAUCUCCAAAAAAAUCAUCUAGUUCAACUUUGAAAAGAGGUGCCAGUGAUACUGGUGGAACUUCUAGCUCACGUUCCAAGUCAAAGGAAUCAACAUCUAAAAAACAGAAGGUUGAAAAGGAAAGCCAGAAGAACAUCAAAGAGAAAGAUGCAAGCAAGAAACAGUCAAGCAGGUCCCCAGGAAAGGUCUCGGCAAAGGAUCAAGGAAAAGGCAAAGCUGGUAAGAAGGCAAAGGCAGAACCCAGCAGAGAGGAGAUGCAUGCUGUGGUUGUUAAUAUCCUGAAGGAGGUGGACUUCAAUACUGCAACUUUAUCUGAUAUUCUCAGGCAACUUGGUACCCACUUUGGUGUUGACUUAAUGCAUAGAAAAGCAGAGGUGAAGGAUAUAAUUACAGAUGUGAUAAAUAACAUGAGUGAUGAGGAAGAUGAGGGAGAGGAUGCUGAGGAGAAUGCUGAUGCUGGUGAUGAUGCAGACAAAGAUGAAGACGAUGACGACGACGAUGAUGCUUAGUGCAUUGGACUGAGACAAAGAACUUUCUAUGACCUUUGCAGAACAUUUGAAGCUUGUAGUGCAUUCUUCAGGUAGAUGAUCUUUCUACUGGGGAUCCUUCAGCUUCUAUAAUUGACAAACUACAGUGGAUGUCUAGAUAUCAUGACUGAUUUUAGACACAUGUACCCAACCGGGUUUGUUUGUACCAUAUGAAUUAACCUCUUUUGUUGUACUUAUAAUCUCCGUAGUUUUAUUAGUUAGUUUUAUUUUUUUGAUAGUUUCUCUUUCCUUUCAGAAAAUUAUGUUCAGACUUUUGAUAUUUAUCCUCUUUAAAUGUUUAGUGAAUGGCUUUAUCUCAA